AUGUCCCGUGAAAAAGUGCUAGCAACCUUUCUUCAUAUGCCUCACACAAUCGCAGAGCAAAUUUUGGAAAAAUUGGAGCCUCUGGAUUUAAUGAGAUCCCGCAAAGUAUGUCUAGGUUUGAAAUUCGCCGUAGACAGAAUCGAAAUGAAUUUUAAUAAAGUUGUGUGGCACCUUUACCCUGGAAUAGUAUCUCUAUUAUUUGAUGACAUGAGAGUCAAUUACCAUGAGACAGAAGAUGGUGGGACAACUGUGCAUCAUAAUGGACAAAAAAAGAGAAUCGAAGGAGAACAAUAUAAAGAAAGAUCGAUCAAGGAUUUGGCAGUUAUCUUUAAGCAUGCUUCUAUCCUAGAGCUCUACAAUUUGGGAGAUAAUGUAAAACUACUCGUUGAUAUUUUGAAAGACUCAUUUAUUCACGUGGAAUCAAUUAAACUCAAUUGUAUCACCAUCGAUAAGUGUCUUGCAAUUCUUUCUCGCUGCAAGACCAAAGUGCUCAAGAAUAUUGAUCUGUUCAUAGUUUACCGAUCUGAACAAUUCGAACGGAUUACUCAUUUGGAGCAAUGGAAGAAUUCAAGAACCUUAAAGUGCUGGGCAGAUCAUGUGAUCAGCGAUCCGUUGCCAAUCGAACAGUUCUUUCAUUUUGAGCAGUUUGAAAUUGAAGAACAUGGUAUUUCAAUUGAGAAAGUGAUUAGUAUUAGAGAUAAUCUAUUGAAAAGAAGUACAUUCCGGAAAUGUACAAUAACACUUUACGAUAGCGAUCCAGACGAAUUUUUGAAAGUUUUCAAACCAGAAUAUGAUGGAGGCAAUAACCAUAGAGUUGAGUAUUUGAGCGAUAACAACAUCUUUGUGAUUAGCUACGGAACAACGAGCAGACCUUGGGUUCAUUGCUGCAUCGAAAGAAGUUAA